AUGAAUAAUUCCAUACGGCAGUUUUUAAACAAGUCUAAAGCAGAUGUAAUAUCUCACAGUGUAAAAUGUAUUAUUCCUGAACAAGUGUCUCUACCGACUAAUUUACACCCACCAACACUGGCAUUCAAUUCAUACACAAAUAAGUUUAAAAAUGCCCAAGACUUUUAUGACCAUAUACAACCAAUUCCAUUUCAAACCAAUACCCUACCUAAAGAUCGAUCUGAAAUCCGAGGAGUCGAUAGUUCUAUUCAUAGGUUUCUAUUUAAUAAAUUCAAAUGGAAAGAAUAUCCCCCAAUAUUAAAAAAUGAAUUUAUGAUGAUUCAAUUCUUCCCUCAUCAUCAUAUUAUUUCUAAUUUUAGAAAAUCCAAUAUUGCCUUUGCGGUGAAUAUUUAUACUAUCCCAUUAUUUAAUAGUAUCAGACUUAGGGAUGCAAUGAAUAGAUAUAGAGGUCGAUAUUCAAAUUUACAGUUUUUCAAAACCAAGACUCUGCCCAUUCAAUCAGCUUGUGGAAGAUCACAAACCAAGAAACUAUUUAGAGAAUUGUUUGUCAAGGCAUUACAAACACUGGGAGUGAUAAACAAAGAAGGAAAUGAUAAUACGUCAGUUACUGACAAAUUGAAAGGAGUUUAUGCAAUUCAUAUUUAUAAGGUACCGAUUACGACCGAACAAAAAGAUAAAGUAGUUCAAGACUAUUCGGCAAUGAUAAAUAAGAUUGUCAAUGAUAAAAAUAUUUGGAACACAUUAAACCAGGCUGCUCGCAGAAGCAAAUCCGUGAAUUUACAGCCGGUAUUACCAAAUGUCAGAUUCAGUUGGGAGGUUGGUAAUUGUAAAGAUGAUCGAAUUAGAUUCCCCUUUAUCAAUAUGACUGAGAUCCAAUCCAAGAAACUGGAAUACACCAAAAGGUUUAAGAAAAACGCCAAUAAACAGAGGAAUCAGAAUCAACAGGACAUAAUAAAGUGA